AAACUCGAUUUCGCCUGCAUCAACGUCAUCAGCCUGGCGUCUCUCGGACGACCUAACGGAAUUGGAGGGUCUCAAACUCCAGCUCUAGCACCAAACGUGAAGGACGAUAAUGCUCCUGUCGCCAUCAGUCCCGUAAUGGCGGGGAUCAAUCAUGCGUCUGUCUCCACGUCCGUUUCUGACGGCGUGCAGAGUCGCAAACGCAAUGUGACCAUUGCGGGCAUGGACAGCUCUCCGGGGAGUAUAGAGGAUAUGGACGAUAACGAUUCGCGCGAUGAUAAGAGAAGACAGCCCGUGAAGCGCGCUUGCAAUGAGUGUCGGCAGCAGAAGCUUCGAUGUGAUGUUGUUCAGGACCCCUGGUCCGACUGUUCCCGUUGCCGGCGAUUACAACUUGAUUGCAAGAUCGAGUCCAAUUUCAAACGGGUUGGGAAGCGCAGCCGCAAUGCGGAAAUGGAACGAGAGAUUAUUGAAUUGAGAAAGCAGAUCGCCACGGCCAGCACCGGUCCAGCAGUACACCAGCAACAGCAACAUUUGCCGUCGGGGCAGUUGACACCCAAGCAAGAAUCGAGCCAGGUCAGCCCGGCGGGCAUUUAUCAAGCCCAGACCCCAUCUGCCAUGUCUGCAGAUCAAUAUAUGGGCUCGCAGGAAGCGGUUGCAUCUCUACUGGACCUUCGUUCAGGAUUCGACAGCUCCAACUUCAUGAGAAAUGGAGGUCACCAGAUCAAACGCAUCGAAGAUGUUAUGGUCGUUCCGGAGAAGGUCGCAGAGUUGUUUAACAUGUUUUUCACAUACUAUCACCCAUUUCUUCCAUUCCUCGAUCGGACACAAUCCCCAGACGAUUAUUACAACACCUCGUCCUUACUGUUCUGGACCAUCAUCAGCGUUGGUGCUAGACGCUACCAAAGUGACACUAGUCUGCUCAACUCGCUUGCGGGUCCAGUCACUCGCCUCGUCUGGAGCACGCUAGCCGAUAUUCCUCAAAGCUACCAUGUCGUUAAAGCGCUGUGUCUGUUGUGCUCUUGGCCAUUCCCUACUAGCAGCACCUCCACCGACCCAACAUUUAUGCUCUGCGGAAUGAUGAUGCAGGUUGCUAUGCAGCUUGGCCUUCACCGACCCUCUCACAGCCAGGACUUUAGCAAAUUCCGCGUAGAGCUCAUUGAAGAGGAACUGAGGGACAAGGUGCGAACCUGGGCCAUUUGUAAUAUCGUUGCCCAACGCGUUUCCACUGGUUAUGGUCAACCACCUUCUAGCCUUUAUGACUGGACUCUGUCCGGGGAUUCGUUAGAUGCCAACUUCAAGCUACCUGGGGACAUCAGACCCCGGCUAGAGAUUGAGAAAUUCUGCGACAAGAUCACCAAAGCCCUCUAUAGCAACCGGAGGGAUCCUGUAGGGCUGAGCAGUGAUCAAGAGAGGUCGACAAUGAUCUCAUUUCUUUCACGAGACUUUGACGAUCUCGAAGAGCAGUUCAAAUCUCAAAAUGAUUGCAUCACUGAUUUGUACCUCCGCGCUGCGAAUCUUCAUUUGCAUCUGUCGGCAUUCUUCGAUGAUCCUUUGGCCAAAGACUACCGCGGACGUCUUCUGUCCCUAUAUGUAGCGACUACAUCGUUCCUCGAGGUGACCAUGAACCUCGAAACCGAAGUUGGCCCCGUUCUAUCCUAUACGCCCUACUAUGUCUACCAGAUGAUGGUUGCAGCGGGUUGUACUCUUCUCAAAUUGAGCAAGAGUUUCUUCAGCAACCACAUUGACAUGGACUAUACCAAAACUUUGUUCAAUCGGACCAUCUGGGCCAUUCGUGGGGUAUCCGUCUCGAGCAAUGAUCUACCUGAACGUCUGGCCGAGGUCCUAGCACAGAUGUGGAGACUGGGAGUCACCUCCCAGCGGCCAGCUAUGAGCAAUUCUGACGUGGAUGACUCGCUGAGGCUGAAGGUUCGUUGCCGGAUGAGCAUGUCUCUUCUCUUCGACUCGGUCUGGCGAUGGCGAGAGGACGCGCGAACGAAGGGACGAAACAUUGAAGCCUACCUCAAGAACCCGACCAAUCCAGAUUCAGCAGCCGACUCAUCUGCUGCCUCAUCCGUAGGCCCUCCACGGGCAUCCUCCUCCACGCCCGGCAUUACUGGUGGUGAUCCAAGUCUAGCACCAGCGCCAAUGCUCCCACAAGCAAAUCUUGGAGUUGGAGCACCGACCAAUGGAGCUGGCGGGCUCCCGAGUGGAUUCAUGGAGCCCAACUACGAGGUCUUCGAUCCGCUUAACUGGCUCCUUGACGGUCUGGUAGACCUACCAUAUUCUUAUUCAACCAUGGGCGGAGUGGAGACACAGAUUGUAUAG